AUGUCCAAAUGUGAAGCUACAUAUGAACCGAUUCCAACAUGGUUUAAGCCUAUUUUACAAUUAAUUGGAACUAUUACUAUUCCUGUAUCCAUAUAUGUAUUUUGGAUUAUUUAUUCCGUUACUCCACCAUUCAUUGAUAAAUUCUAUAAAUGCUUGUUAAUGGAACUUCAUGUUGCUGUUGUCUUUUCAACCUUGUCAUGCUGUUUCUUGGCACCAAUUAACUAUAUGCCUUCUCUUAUUUUCGUAUCUGCUGGAUUAAUAAGUGUAAAGCCGUUUUUCGCCAUCAGUGUAGAUGUCUUUUCCCAACUGUUUGUUGGAUCUUCCGGAAUGUUUCUACUCUAUCACCGUCUCAAUAUCGUUCUUAACAACAAUCGAACUGGGUUCACUUAUUAUUUCGUCAUAUUUGUCAUAUUUUUAUUUGGCUGUUUUCCAUUUUUUGCUAUCAUCGUAUACUAUGGUUUGACAUUCGAUUCUGAUCAGAACAUCAGUAAAUUACUGGAGAUAUGCCCUCGAUUCGCUGAUUUUGACCUGAAUCAUCGUAUAGUAUUCAUAGUUGAUAUGGAAUUAAUAGAAAUGAUGGGCUUUUUCAUAUUUUUCUGUACAUCUUUCAUUAUUAUAUUUAUGCUCAUUUGUUUGGUUAUAUCUUUCUAUUAUUUGUGUGCUAAGCAUUCAACAUUAUCAGAAACAACGAAGAAACUUCAAUUUGGUCUUCUGAUAAACCUCCUAGUACAGAGUGGUCUUCCAUGUAUUGUUCACGCAGUGCCGUCUAUUAUCAUAGCUGCCUUCAUUCAAUUAGAUAUCUACGUACCAAUAGACAUCUCAGGAAUUAUCUGGUCUAUCGGUUCAUCUCACUGUCUCAUUAACUGUUCCACGCAAAUGUUUUUUAAUCCGUGUUAUUACUCGAAAUUACUUGACGAUCUGAAAUUCCUACGUAACUUGUUUUAUUCUCUUUUCCUUCCUACAAAGUAUAAUUCGACUUGCUCUAAGUCUUUUACGCGUACUGGAACGACUGUAGCAUUUUGA